AUGAGCGAGUCAACACCACUAAUACAGUCACAGUACAGUUACAAGAAUGACGAUGAAGAAGAAGCAGCAGCAGCACCACCAGCAGCAGCAGCAGCGGCAAGAGGAGGCAGACUUGGAAGCAGAGUAAGACCAAGCAUGAGCUGGGUAAACAAAGCAUUAUUCACAAUUACAGGACUAAUACUUUUCUGUGCCUUUUUAUAUCUACCUUACUACUUUACGCCUAAAGCAAUUUCUCUUUCCAAAAUUGCAAACGUACAAACUUUGUACACUGAAUUCGAUGACCCAUUCAAGAGAUUGAUCUUUGUUGGUGAUAUUCACGGUAACUAUAUGGAGUUUACGAAACUUCUCCACAAGGUCAAAUACAAUUCGGAACUGGACAAGUUAGUUGUGCUUGGCGACUUUGUCACAAAGGGUCCAGACUCUAUAAAGACCUUGGACUACCUUGUGAAGCACAAUGUUCAAUGUAUCAUGGGAAACCAUGAGUUUGAGACAUUGAAAUUUUACACUCAGUUUCAUCAUUUAGAUGCUCCGACUUUUUCAAAUACAGAUUCCGCCAAUAAAUAUAAAUUUUUGCCAGCAUCAAUAACUCAAGACAUCACAUUUAAUGAUGACUUUAGACUUGCCAAGAAACUCCAACCAGAACAUGUAAAGUAUAUCAACUCGUGUCCCGUUAUUCUUCAUUUUCCUAAAUUAGAAAUAGUCGCCGUACAUGGUGGUCUUCGACCGGACCUUACUCUUGCAGAACAAGACCCUCUCGACAAUUUGGACAUGAGAGCAUUAAUUGGUCCCUUUUUUAACGAGACAACGGAUGAUCCUCACACCCCCAACUCUGUGAGAUGGUAUAAACUUUAUAACAAAGCCGAUGGAGCAGUUCCUGCAAACAAUAUAGUCUACUACGGACAUGACGCGGGCAAAGGGUUAAAUUUGAGAAAGUUUACCAAGGGGUUGGAUUCUGGAUGCAAUAAAGGUAAGAAAUUGAGUGCCAUGAUUGUCACAGGUGAAAAGAGAAAGAAUGGCAAAAUAGAGUUAGUGGAGGAGCUUGUACAAGUGCAAUGUUGA